AUGUUUGAAGGAAAUGGAGUUGAGAGAUCACAAAGGUGUGAAGGUGGAAAAGGGGACUCUAAAUUGUGUUCCUCUAUGAUAAUUCUUUCGUAUAAUAUCCGAGGGGGCGGGAAUCGGGCUAAGCGCAAGAGAGUCGGAUUCCUAAUUCAAAAGGGAGAUGUUGAUCUUUGUUUUAUUCAAGAAACGAAACUUAGUGGAAUUGGUUUGGGCUUGGUUAGAGAGUUGUGGGGAAGCGUUGAUGUUGAAUGGUCUUACUUGGAUGCUAAUGGAGCCUCGGGUGGUAUUCUAACAAUAUGGAAGAAAGACUUCUUUUCUCUCAUUCAUAGCUUUAGAGGAGAAGGCUUUCUAGGUUUAUGUGUGGAGAAGGAUGGAAAACUCACUUAUUAUGUCAAUGUUUAUGCCUCUUGCGACAAAAUCACUAGGAGAAGAACAUGGAAGAAUCUUUGUGAGUUCAAGAAUAAUAACAGCGUUGGAUCUUGGUGCAUUGGGGGUGACUUCAACUCUAUCUCUUCUCUUGAUGAAAGAAUUGGUGUUUCUAGUAGCGACUAUAGUAGGGAUACAAGAUCAUUCAACGAUUUCAUAGGGGAAAUGGAGUUGGUGGAUCUUCCCACAAUAGGUGGCAAGUUUACUUGGUUCAAAAGCAACGGGAAGGCUAUGAGUAGAAUUGAUAGAUUUCUUUUAUCCGAGUGCUACAUAGAAGACAUGAAGGUGGAUGGUCAAUAUAUAGGAGAGAGGGAUGUGUCGGAUCAUUCGCCCAUUUGGUUGAAAAAUAAUAGAAAGGAUUGGGGUCCUAAGCCUUUUAAGUUUAAUAACUUAUGGCUAAAGCAUGAGGAGUUUGAUAAUUUUGUUGAAGGGGAGUGGAACAAACUUGUAGUUAAAGGGAGAGGGGAUUAUUGCUUGGUUGAAAAGUUGAAAAUCCUUAAAAGUCGGAUCUCUUGGUGGAACAAAACGGUUUAUGGUUGGAUUGACCUUAAGAUUGACAAAGAUGUGAAAGAGAUGCAUUCUCUAGAUAACUUGUUUGUUCAUUUUGCAGAAGAAGAAGAAACUCUUUUUGUUCCAUGGAGACUAGGGGGGAGAAUAGAAGAGGUCAAGGAUAUCAAAGACUUUGUUUUCAAGCAUUUUGAAGGAUUCUUUAAAGAAGAGUUUUGUACUAGACCGAAACCGCAAGGGAUCAAUUUGAAAGUGAUCCCUUUAGGGGAUUCUUUGGACCUUGAAAAACCCUUUUCCGAGGAAGAGAUCAAAGAGGCUAUUUGGUCGUGUGAUAGGAACAAAAGUCCGGGGCCGGACGGUUUUUCUUUGGAGUUCUUCAAAAGAUUUUGGUACCUUCUUAAAGAAGAUUUGGUGAAGUUAUGCAAUGAUUUCUUCUUAAAAGGUACGCUUGUCAAAGCCAUUUCUUCUUCUUUCCUUGCGCUUAUUCCUAUAAAGAAGAAUCCUCAAGAUUUGUCCGAGUACCGUCCUAUUUGUCUAGUGGGGAAUAUUUACAAGAUUCUUGCGAAGAUUUUGGCGGCUAGAUUAAGGGGUGUUUUGGAUAAAUUGAUCUCAACCAACCAAACCGCCUUUGUUCCGGGUAGGAGCAUGAUGGAUGGAGUCCUAAUGGUUAACGAGAUCCUUGAUUGGGCCAAAAGAAAUAAGAAGGGGUGUUUAUUACUUAAAGUGGACUUUGAAAGGGCUUACGAUUAUAUCUCUUGGAAUUACCUAAGAUGGAUAAUGAGAAGAAUGGGGUUUGGGAAGAGAUGGAUGAAUUGGAUGGAAUCUUGCAUUUUCUCUAGUCACAUGUCUAUUUUGGUGAAUGGUAGUGCCACUAAAGAGUUUAAAGUUCAUCGUGGUCUUCGUCAAGGCGAUCCGAUUUCUCCUUUUCUCUUUGUUAUAGCUAUGGAAGGUCUUAGUGCUAUCAUGAGGAAAUCAAUAGAGGUGGGGGAGUUCCAACCUUUCAAAUAUGGUGAAGAUGAUUUUGUGGACAUUCUUCAAUUCGCGGAUGAUACCGUAAUUAUUGGAGAACCUACAAGUGACAAUCUUUGGAGCAUGAAGGUGAUCUUGAGAGGUUUUGAGCUUGUUUCUGGAUUGAAAAUUAACUUCCAUAAAAGCAAUUUCUUUGGUACUAACAUUGGAGAUUGGCUUUAUUCUUCCGCCACUUCCUUCUUAUCUUGCAAAAAAGGAUCAUUUCCUUUUAAAUUUAUUGGCAUUUGGGUUGGAGAAAAAGCUAACAAGUCGAAGGUGUGGAAGGACGUGGUUAACAACAUAAAAGCAAGAUUGUCGAUGUGGAAGGGGAGAAACAUUUCUAUAGGCGGAAGGGUGACCCUCAUUGGGUCGGUGCUUAACGCAAUUCCUAUUUUCACCCUUUCUUUUUAUAAAGCUCCGAGCAAGGUUAUCAAAGAGAUUAGAAGUCUUUUUAGUAAUUUUUUGUGGAAUGGGAAUGCAAAUAAAAGAAGUAUUCAUUGGGUGAAGUGGGAAAAUGUUUGCAAACCUAAGGAGAAAGGUGGUUUAGGCAUUAGAGAUGUUGGUGACAUUAAUAGAGCUCUCCUACUCAAAUGGAAAUGGAGGAUAUUAAAGGAGGAUAAUGCCAUUUGGAGUAGAUUUCUAUUAUUGAGAUACCAUAAUCCGAAAUUCAAAGUGCUAGCUUCUUGUGGGGAUGUUUUAAAUCGGGGUGACUCUAGUUGGUGGAGAGAUAUCAUCCUUAAUGAUUUUAAAGAGGAGGAUAGCGUUGAAGGUUUUACCGAUUGGAUCAGUUGUGUGUGUAAGAAUGGUAACAACAUUCUCUUUUGGCAUAGUUGUUGGUUGGGCGAUCAAACUCUUCGUGAUAUUUUUCCUCAUUUGUUCGAUAUCUCAACCAAUAAACUUUGCAAGGUUAGCGAUAUUUUCUUAUGGACCAAUGGUGUCUUCUCUUGGAAUAUCAAUGAUCUCUUCGGCAUUGACGGAAUGUCCAUCUUGAACUUGCCUCCCCUUUCUCCCGAUCAAAACGGUACCAUCUCGGAUUUGGUUACUCAAUUGAGGGACUUAAAAGAAGCAUUGGAGAGCUUCAUUCCGAUCACUUCGGAAAGUGACGUUUUUCAUUGGAAACUUAAUCCCUCCGGUGUUUUCUCGGUUGCAAGCGUUACUAGUUUGGUUUCUAGUGCCAAAGACAAUGCUUGGCCAACCCAUACUAUCAAGUUGUUGGAAACAAUGUGGAAGUCUAAGGUUCCGAAAAAGCCGCUGUCGGAGACGGAUUUUGCUUCCCUGUUUGACUUGAAGGUCAGGACUGAUGAAAAAGGGGAGCCUCUCAUUGACAAGGAUGGUCAAUUGAGGAGGCAUCGGGUUUUAGGUCCAUUUGAAGCUCUAUUGGAAGAAACGAGCGAAAAAGCCCAAGAAACGGAGAAUUUUCAGUCAUUUUGCACACAUGGCGUCCUGCUUCGCAGCCGCUGA